AUGUCGGCUAUCCAGAACCUCCAUUCUUUCGACCCCUUUGCUGAUGCAAGUAAGAGCGAUGAUCUAAUUCCUGCUGGCACGGAGAAUUAUAUGCACAUAGGAAUUCAACAGAGAAACGGCAGGAAGAGCUUUACUGCUGUCCAAGGGAUCGUGGCUGAUUACGAUAAAAAGAAACUAGUGAAGGCGUUUAAGAAGAAAUUAGCCUGCAAUGGUACUGUAAUUGGGCAUCUGGCAUGUGGAGAAGUAAUUCAGCUACAGGGUGACCAGCGCAAGAACGUAUGCCAGUUCCUCGUAGAGACUGGACUGGUUAAGAUUCAUGGGUUUUAA